AUGGCUGAUCUGCCGGAGAUUAGGAACGCUAUCGCAACCAUGUCGGAUGGCAUACGACCCUGGUUGGUGCUUCUGCGACUCGCAAUCGAUGAUCUCAUGCCAGCCACCUGCGCCUCCAUUCGCGUCCUUCUGAUGAAUGCUUCGAUCAGGAACGCCUUCAUCGAGCACGGCGGUGUUCGGAUGCUGUUCGCUUACGUGACCAAUGGACAGAGGGAUGCAAAGUUGGAGGCCUUGCGCACUAUACACACCUGCCUGGAGAACAUUCAGAACACGGGCCGUGUGCUGAAGCCUCUCACCUCCUCCAUGGACACCAUUGUGAGCUUCAUUCGCAGCCUCAAGACGGACGAGGAGAUACAGCGUGCUGCUCUGGAGACUAUUGCUCAAAUGGCUCGUGACCGCAACACUCUUGCCAUUAUGACCGAUUUGGGUGUGACUCAAGAGAUCUCUCGUUUGUUAUCUGUGGCGACUGAUGACGAGAUGUGUAUCAGCAUCUGUCACGCCCUGGCCGCAUGCUCCUACUAUGGCAAGAACGCCUUUUACUUUGGUGAUACCAACUGUAUUCCCGUGCUUGCUGCCCUUAUGAAGUCUCGUAACGAAGCGCUGCGAAGCGCGGCCGUGAAGGCUAUCCACGGCCUCAGUUUCGAUCCGGAAAAUGCGGCGCAGAUUUGGGGUGCGAAUAUAUGCAAACUACUGACCUCCCUGGCAGCUGGAAACGAAGAGAGUACACAGAAGGCAGCCACGGGCACCCUCACCAACAUACGACACCUCGAGUUCAUUGCAACAUAUCAAUUCAACUGA